AUUGUCUGUUAUUGGUUGGUGAAGGUGAAAAAAAUAUCAAGUGCCAGUGCUUUUCUUUGUGUGGAAAUAUUACCUGCCUACUGUCUCAAUUUAUUGUGAUUGGGUUGGGAAACGUGAUUUAUUUGCGAUAAACAUUUCUCUUGGGUAAGAUUUUAAAAGGACAGCGAUCAUAUUAGUUAGAACGAAAAGAAGAUCGAUUUCCAACAUUAGUCGUAAUCGUGUGUCUCCAGUCGCCAUUUUGUGUUAAGGUAAUGGUAUUUUUGGCACAAUUUGGCUCUUGAACACUCGUCAUCGAUAACGAUGGCUGACAAUACUUCAAAAGAACCUCCAUUACAAACUAUGAGCGGUUUGCCACCUAAUCACACCGCAUGGAUGUAUGGUGGAUAUCCUCCUUAUAAUGGGUACCACGGCGGUAUGUUUCCACCAUACUAUAAUCCAUAUUUCAACCAAAUGGGCAAAAACGGAGGAUUCAAUAAUAAUGCUCAGUUUCAACAUAAUAUGGAAUCGAAAUCAGAUUUCGGUCAGUCACCGCUUCCGAGACCGCCACUUCCGCCAGCACCUCUGCUAGGGAUGUCUCCUCUUGACACUAGCCGUCCCUUCUUCAAUCAAUCUCCGAUUAGAUUUAAUUUAAAUCAUCGUAAAAAUACACCUCUACCUAUAAACGAAAAUCCCCUCCUGGCAAAUAAUGGCGGAGCAAAGAAAAAGCGUAAGAAGGGUGGUAACAAAGUGGACGAUAAACCAACUGCUUUGCCGCCUCUACCUGACCAUCCGCCACCAUUGCCUCCAUGUCCACCUCCAGAUCUCCCUCAACCCCCACCUCCUCCACCACUUGAUGUACCUUUGCCGCCCCCAAUAGCCACAGAAGACAUCCCUGAGCCGCCAGAAGAGCCUAAGGAUGAUUUUAAUAUACUAGAAAAGAAUCAAAACGAACAAGAAUUUGAACUUGUAUCUAAUACUACUUCAUCUUCAAAUCUUUUAAAGACUUCUUCAAUAUCUAAUUCAGCCGGCACAUGGCCUGAAAGUUUAGAGAGGUAUAUUAAAAGAUGUUAUGAAAAAUGCAAAACCGCUUUUGAUCGUGAUCAAAUAGAUAUAUGUUUAAAAGGAAGAAUUACUGCAGCUGCUAAUAAAGAUGAAAUAUGGACCCGUAAUUGGGAUGAAGAACCUAUUCCAAGUGUAUACAGUGAGCGUAAUAAUUUAUCAGUUAAGCCAGUUCGUGGUACUUUACAGUUGUAUCAAAAGCCAGAAACUCAUUCAGAUACUAAGAAAACAGGGACCAACAGCAGAGGGUUUAACUACAGAAGCCCACAAAGGAGAAGGAGACCACAUUCCAGAUCUAGGUCACGGAGCCCACCUAGAAAACGACAAAGUUCCUCUUCAACAUCUAGUGAUGAAGUUGAAGAAAAGAAAAACUUCAAGGGUAAGGGUAGGCAAAAGGUUAAGGAUAGACUGUCAUUGGACCAAAAGAAACCAGAGAAAUACACAAAGAAACAGAAGAAAAAUUUUAAUCAUUUUGCUGUUGAGGAUGUGCAAGAAAAUGCUGAGAAACUACAAAAGCGAGCUGAAAGAUUUGGAAAUAAUGUACCCUCCAUAGCAAGUUCCCUUAAAGCCGGCAGCAACAGGCCAGAGCCAAGCAUGAAAAGACCAAUUAUCCAGGAUACUGAAGGAGAAUAUGAAUUGAACAAUAUGCAUAUAGUUGGGACCUGCAUAGACAUUGAAAAAUCUUUCCUUAGAUUAACAAAGGCACCUGAAGCGUGUGAAGUUCGGCCUGUAUCUGUUUUGAAGAAUUCUCUUAAGAAUGUAAAAGAGAAAUGGAUAGAGAAACAAGAUUAUAGGUAUGCAUGUGAUCAACUAAAGUCAAUAAGGCAGGACUUAACAGUACAGGGUGUAAGAGACAGUUUUACAGUAGAAGUGUAUGAGACUCAUGCAAGGAUGGCCUUAGAGAAUGAAGAUCAUGAGGAAUUCAACCAAUGUCAGACUCAGCUUAAAAUGCUUUAUUCUGAAUUGCCAGAUUGUAGAGCCAAUGCCUCAGAAUUUACUGCCUACAGGAUAUUAUAUUACAUAUAUACAAAAAAUACUCUAGAUUUGACAACAAUAUUCCAGUUUCUUUCCAAAGAAGAUAGAGAAAAUGAAAGCAUAAAACAUGCUUUACAGACGAGAUGCGCCUGGGCUACAGGGAACUUGCACAAGUUUUUUUUGCUGUACAAAAAUGCCCCACUAAUGGCUGGAUACCUGAUGGAUUGGAUUGUUGAAAGAGAACGAAAAGCAUACCUCAAAUACAUCUUGAAGUCCUACAGGCAGACCGUACCCGUGGAGUUCGUCGCGCGGGAGCUGUCAUUUGAAUCGACUUCUAAGGCCUUAGAGUUUUUAAAUAAGUUUAAAGUUACAUAUGCUGGCUGCGAUCACACUCAAAUAGAUUGCAAGGCCAGUUUCCCAGCUGUAGCAAAUAUAUAACAUCGUCUGGUUAACCCUCAUUAUGUAGCUAAUUUUUGCGUGGUUAUGUAAUGCAUCAAGUCGCAGGGUCAACACUUCGGCGAAGUUGUAAUCCUGACUCAUCAUUUAACUUUAGUUUUGGUCAGCUUUAAUAGGAUGCCGCCGCAAAUACAGCAACAUACCACCAGUAAUGUUAACAUAAUGCACAGAAGAGGAUGCAGCAUCACCAAAACUCCAUAUUUGCCGUCAAGAGUACAACUGCAACGUGAGGAUGAAAGUGUUACAAGUGUUGGGAUUUUAGUGUCUGGAAUACCAUACAUGCUACAGUGCUACACAGUGACUUUUAAAAAGACAUUGUUAAUGUUAUUAAAUGGACUUUUAAGUGUUCUCAUUUUCAUCAAUAAUUUUGUAAAUAUUGUAAAUUUUUAAACUCACUUUGCAUCUUAGUUUAUAAUUAAAAUAUGUAUGUACUUGAUUGUGAAAUUAAAUGUUAAAUACAUGUUUUAGUUUUAUAA